UUACCCAGUGUUAUUUACACUAGACUAGACCAGACUAGCUGUUUUGAUAUAUUGCACUACUUCGUCACCCACUACUAUCUCGGCUCAGUGCCAGGCAUCAGCUGAGAGGAAGACCAUGGCGACCCUCCAGACUAUCCUCCGUUCGGCGGCGAAGCCAGAGACUCGGGUCUUGUGUGCUGGGCUUCGGGCAAUGUGCACAGAAGCCUCUGAGCCACCAAAACCUGCUGCACCCAGUAAAUCUGCACCACAACCUGCAGCAUUGAAAUAUUCUUCAGCAGCAACGCCAGCACCUCCCUCUCAGCCCAUUGGUCCAGGGGCAGACAAGGCUGGACCAUACCCCAACACUGAGUACUACUCUUACAAUAAGCUGAGUUACUUUGAUUUGGAAGUGGAGAUGUCUUCUGAUCGCCUUCCCCAGCCAACAGCUGACAAUGGUCACUUCUGAACAACAUUGCAUUGUUGCUUGAAUAUGUAUAAAUAUGGUCAUAAUUUAUGCGCUAUUGAAGGACAAGCUAAUUUUUUUUGUUACAUACUUGUGAUCAGAUAAUGUAAAAUAUAUUCUUACUGUACCUACUGACAGGUGUAAAUAUUACACAUAAACUAUA